AUGACAGAUGGAUACAACCCCAAGCAAACAAAGCUGAUGCAGCUGCAAAAGAUGUCAAGAGGAGGCCACUGUGAAACCCAGGUGAUUCAAGAGCUCGAAAUCCUCCAAAGCUACAAUCGGCCACUGGACCCCGCCACUGAGCCGCCUUCUUCGCCGCCUCCUCACCUCGACCCACUUUCACUCCGAAUCCGAUAUCCCCUUACUUUGGUACAUCUGGUUAAUAGCUAA